CAGAAAGAUUCCUCUACUUCCCCCUUUCACUUCAUUAUCUCAAUCAGCUUUAUGCAGAGAAGAAGCUUACUGAGCUCACUGCUGGUGCUGGUGUAGGCAAGUGCUACUUUGGUAAUCUGGGCUGACCUGGCUUGUCUCCUCAGAACUCCUUCUCCAACCCUGGAGCAGGCUUCCAUGCUGCUGUGGGCGUCCUUGCUGGUCUUUGCUCCAGUCUGUGGACAAUCUGCAGCUGCACACAAACCUGUGAUUUCCGUUCAUCCUCCAUGGACCACAUUCUUCAAAGGAGAGAGAGUGACUCUGACUUGCAAUGGAUUUCAAUUCUAUGCAACAGAGAAAACAACAUGGUAUCAUCGGCACCCCUGGGGAGAAAAGUUGACCCUGACCCCAGGAAACACCCUCGAGGUUCGGCAAUCUGGACUGUACAGAUGCCAGGCCCGGGGCUCCCCACGAAGUAACCCUGUGCACUUGCUCUUUUCUUCAGACUCCUUAAUCCUGCAGGCCCCGUAUUCUGUGUUUGAAGGUGACACAUUGGUUCUGAGAUGCCACAGAAGGAGGAAAGAGAAAUUGACUGCUGUGAAAUAUACUUGGAAUGGAAACAUUCUUUCCAUUUCUAAUAAAAGCUGGGAUCUUCUUGUCCCACAAGCAAGUUCAAAUAACAAUGGCAAUUAUCGAUGCUUUGGAUAUGGAGACGAGAAUGAUGUAUUUAGAUCAAAUUUCAAAAUGAUUAAAAUUCAAGAACUAUUUCCACAGCCAGAGCUGAAAGCUACAGACUCUCAGCCUACAGAGGGGAAUUCUGUAAACCUGAGCUGUGAAACACAGCUUCCUCCAGAGCGGUCGGACACCCCACUUCACUUCAUCUUCUUCAGAGAUGACGGGGUCAACCUGUCAGACUGGAGCAGGUCCCCGGAGCUCCAGCUCCCAACCGUCUGGAGAGAAAACUCAGGAUCCUAUUGGUGUAGUGCUGAAACAGUGAUGGGUAACAUCCACAAGCACAGUCUCUCGCUACAGAUCCACGUGCAGCGGAUCCCUGUGUCUGGGGUGCUCCUGGAGACCCAGCCCUCAGGGGGCCAGGCGGUUGAAGGGGAGAUGCUGGUCCUUGUCUGCUCCGUGGCUGAAGGCACAGGGGACACCACGUUCUCCUGGCACCGAAAGGACACGCAGGAGAGUCUGGGAAGGAAAACUCAGCAUUCCCUGAGAGCAGAGCUGGAGCUCCCUGCCGUCAGACAGAGCCAUGCAGGGGAAUACUACUGUACAGCAGACAACAGCUACGGCCCUGUCCAGAGCGCAGUGCUGAAUGUCACUGUGAGAGAGACCCCAGGCAACAGAGAUGGCCUUGUCGCUGCAGGAGCCACUGGGGGGCUGCUCAGUGCUCUUCUCCUGGCUAUGGCCCUGCUGUUUCACUGCUGGCGCCGGAGGAAGUCAGGAGCUGGUUUCUUGGGAGACGAAACCAGGCUCCCUCCCGCUCCAGGCCCAGGAGAGUCCUCCCAUUCCAUCUGCCCUGCCCAGGUGGAGCUUCAGUCGUUGCAUGUCGAUGUACACCUCAAAAAGAAAGAUUUGAUAUACGCUGAGAUCCAGACUAUUCGGCUGGGAGAAGAAGGGGAAGCUAAUAACUCCAGGACACUUCUAGAGGAUAAGGAUGUCUCAGUUGUCUACUCUGAGGUAAAGACACAACACCCAGAUAACUCAGCUGGAAAAGUCAGCUCUAAGGAUGAAGAAAGUUACGAGAAUGAAAAAUUACAAGAAUGAAAAGUUAUGAGAAUGUCCUACUCAUGUGAUUUGUCCCUUAUCCAAAGUCCCAGGCCCAGUGCAGUCCUUGCAGCCCCUGGAAUGAUCAACUCAUUCCAGCUUUCUAAUUCUUCUCAUGCAUAUGCAUUCACUCCCAGGAAUACUCAUUCAUCUACUCUGAUGUUGGGAUGGAAUGGCCUCUGAAAGACUUCACUAAAAUUACCAGGAUCCACAGUUAAGAGAAGACCCUGUAGUAUUUGCUGUGGGCCUGACCUAAUAUAUUCCCUAGGGUCUGCUUUAGAGAAGGGGGAUAAAGAGAGAGAAGGACUGUUUUUGAAAAACAGAAGCAUAAAUUUUGGUGAAUUGGGAUUUGCACAGAGAUGAAAAAGACUGGGUGACCUGGAUCUCUGCUUAAUACAUCUACAACAAUUAUCUCACUGGGGACUCACUUGCAUCAGUUUGUUUAACUGUGAGUGGCUGCACAGGUACUGUGCAAACAAUGAAAAGCCCCUUCACUUCUGCCCACACAGUUUACACUGUCAGGAUUCAGUUGCAGAUGAAAGAACCCAUCUGAAAUGGUUUACAGAGAGAGGAAUUUAAAAGAGGACAUCAGAAGAGCUGGAGAUGCAAGCUCUAGGCUGCGCUUCCAAAAGCAAAUGAUAAUUAUGUUAAUGUCGUUAGGGACGAAGAUUUGCAACACUGGAGAAAAGAGACACAAAUAUAAAAUUAAAAACUUAAGUACCAACUCUCCAAACCUAAAUUUGAACUUAAAAUAUUAGUAUAAACUCAUAAUAAACUCUGCCUUAAAAAAAAGAUAAAUAUUUCCUACGUCUGUUCACUGAAAAGGCCUAGAAAUAAUUACCAACCCCUUAGCAAUAAGCACUCCUUGCAGAAAGGUUUUAUUCUUUAAAUACCAUUCCCUUCUCAAAGGAAAUAAGGUUGCUUUUCUUGUAGGAACUGUGUCUUUGAGUUACUAAUUAGUUUAUGUGAGAAUAAUUCUUGCAAUAAAUGAAGAAGGAAUAAAAGAAAUAGGAAGCCACAAA